CUCCACCCAUCUUCUUCUUCCUCCCCCAAUUCACAUCGGUCUGCCAUUAAAGGACCCGGAGCUUUCCUUCACCUCCCACCUUCUUCUUCUUCUUCUUCUUCUUCUUCUUCAUCCUCGAUCACCCACCCUCCACCGACAUGUCGACCACCAUUUCCGGCGGUUUCGCCGCUGAACUAAACGAAAACCCUAAGGUAAAAGAGAGAAACUAAAGGCAAGGUCAACCCCAAAGGGUAGGGGUGAAAAUUAUUUCCAUUGAAGCCUCUCCUUGAACUUGUAUUUCUGUAUUGAAGUUUCUAAAAUUCCUAGUGAAACUGUCGAAUUUAAUUGCUUCCAUUAACGGCUUUCCUCAAGUUUAACGGUGUUAAUUAUUGAAAUUACAAACUUAGCUAUACUUAAUUACACAAAUGGACAAUUAUACCCUUAGAUAAUUGCUUUAAGUUUAUCGUGAAGAUAACUUGUAUUUUCUCGUUCCACUGGCAGAGUUUCCUCAAAAAAUAAAAAAAUAAAUAAAUAAAAUAAAAACUGAGAUCGUUUAUUUCCCCCCAUUUCCCCAAAGCUUGAUUAUUGGAAGGCAAAUAACACCAGUUGCAGUUGCAAGAGAGAUAAACAGUUAGGGACAAUAUGGAAGGAACUCAAGGAAGUGUCUUUACCCCAGCUUUGGAAGGAAUUAAGCUGGUCAAGUCCGAGGAUGGAGAAAUGUUGACCAGGCCUUUCUUGGAUGCAUGCAAGCACAUUCUGCCUGUCAUAGACAAAUUUGGUGCUGCAAUGACACUUGUAAAAUCUGAUAUUGGUGGAAAUAUUACGAGAUUGGAAAACAAGUACAACUCAGAUCCAGAAAAAUUUAAGUAUUUGUAUAGUAUGGUACAAGUGGAGGUUGAAAGUAAGACAGCUAAAGGAUCAUCCAGCUGUACCAACGGCCUGCUUUGGCUAACAAGAGCUAUGGAUUUCUUGGUGGAAUUAUUCCGCAAUUUGCUUGAGCACCCAGACUGGUCAAUGUCUCAAGCUUGUACAGACUCCUAUGGCAAGACCUUGAAGAAAUGGCACGGGUGGCUUGCCAGUUCAAGCUUCUCUAUUGCAAUGAAGUUAGCUCCAGAUAGGAACAAGUUUAUGGAGGUGCUUGGGGGUGAUGCUGUCAAAUGCGACAUUGAGCAGUUUUUGACCACCUUCAAUCCCCUGCUUCAGCAAAACCACAAGUUUUUGGCUAGUGUGGGCUUGGAUGACAUGAAAGCUUCUUAAUGCACAAAGGAAGUUACAUCUGUGCUGCUAAGUUAGAAUUGCGGCUAGCAACAUGAUGACAUCUUAACACUUUGAGAAUAUGCAGACCAGAUAUUGAAAUUCCUUGUUUCUGUCUAUCCUUUUAGGAGGACAUAAUACUGAGUACACUUGUUAUCUAAUAUACGAAUUACAAAGUACUAGUUAACAGAGCCUUAGUGCCUGUUUUUCCGACAAUGUAACGUUACCCAUCAAGAUUGUUAAUCCUCGUUUAAGUCAUUGCAUCUUGUCCUCA